AUGCAAAAUACCCAAGACAAAUACUCUUCUUGUCAUGCUCUCUUAUCCCCACCAUUAACCCCUGCAGAGUCAAAGAAGCAACUGAACCCAUUCUGCACUUCCACAAGAGCUACACUUCUACCGCCUUUGUUGCCGUCCAGGAAGCAAUUCGUCCAGGACUACGGGCGGAUGAUCUAUUUCUUACGACCUUGCUCAGACCCCUCGAUCCACAAACGAGGUCGUGAAAGAGUCUUCUCUCUCGAUCUCAAUUUACUGCCUAAGCCCAGCCUUAAGCCUAUCCGAUUACAGUCAGCCUCUCAAACACCUACCCGUCUCGGCAAGAGAAACGGAAACCGCUGUACGAGGUUAGACAAGACUGGGGCCAGUAAAAAAAGACCCUCAGUACCCGCCCAGCCUACCGAACCCAAGCGUGUUUCAAGGACACCUGCCGUAGUAAAUCAUACUCCAACAUCUCCAUCUGGGAUUCUAACACUAAAAAAAGAAAAGGCCGAUGCAGCAAUUGCAUUUGAUACCAUCGAUAUCGAUACCCAAGACUCAGUACAUUUUGAACCUCAAUGGAUACCAAAUCCAGCAGCAUUGGAUCAAAUACCAGUCAAGGUUGUUUGGAAAGGUGGCCCACUUCAAAUCAAUGACCAACCCUAUUUUGAUCGGCUGCAUCCUGUCGAGGUUUCAAUGGCAUCUACACUUCGACUGAGUCCUGUGCAGUACUUGCGAUGUAAACGCGUUCUUAUUCGUGCUGCACAAGAGUACGGAGAGAGUGAAAUGCCAUUCAGGAAGUCGGACGCACAAAAACUGUGUCGAGUAGAUGUCAAUAAGACAAGUGCCCUAUGGACAGUAUUUGGACAAUUGGGAUGGAUGGCCAUUCUUCAUGUGACACUUGGCCGCAAGAUGCCAUACUAUCGAUAA